CCUUACUGCUCAACUUAAACAUUUCAUAACGGAUACCUUUGAUUGGCUAUCUGAUGAGCGCCUGAAUUAUUUUUGAUUAUCCUUGCUCUUCAAUUUUAAAAGGAGGAUCAAAUGUUUAUCCUCCCUGUCCCGCCCCCUGCCGACCCUGCUGCAUCUCCGAAAAUUGGCUUACACCCUGUAUUUGAAGGACGCUUGUAAAAUGCGCCAUUUCAUAGUUCGUUUCUACUCGUACCUAGCAAAUUCUUUCAAUAAUAUGUAACUUGAGAUUCAAACUCCUAUAACGCAUGGAUACGAAAUGCCAGAGCGGGUUUCUCCAUGGCCCAGGCGAUCUGAACUCGCAUUUCUUUGGCUGCCUCAAGCAAUCCGAGCGGGAGGGUUUCCUCAAUCGUUUACCUGCAAACAGUCGCGCUCGAGUUCGAAAUGAGGAGCUUCGCAUCACAAGACUUAGAUCUAUCGCGGAGCGCAGGCAAGAUAUAGAAGAAGGAUUCCUAUUCCGCCGACACAAACAAGCCAUACGUCGAUGGCGAAAUUGGACUGGAUUGAAACCUCGCGAACGUUCCGUCGAAAACCUCCCAAAUGGCCAUUCCUCGGAGAUUGAAAUAAAAGGAGACGAUGAGCUCGAGGAUGAUUUAAAGCCACCCAAACCGGUAAAGCCGGUAGUAGGAUUCGACGUUCUGGAUGAAGCUCUGGAUGUUAGUGUGAACGUAAUGUUCUUCAAAGAUUCGGCACCUCAGACAAUCAGCGAAUUCUUGCCCGAGGAGUUUCCAGAUAAAAAAAUACCUCUCAACAGGUUAUUAUACGAUGAGGACUCUAGAAGAAACCCGCUCCUGCAAAAAUGUCCAGAAGAUACAGUACGUUAUUUUCACGUGCCUGCUAAUGAUAUGAAAUGGGUUGAGGUACGUGGUUUUCCAGAUAAACAUAUCAUGUUAAGUAACACCAUUCCAGGAGCUUAUUAGCUGCUAUUACGGAGACUCGGACAAUCUUGAGAUUGUGUCUGAUGACUUGAUGGAGAGUCAGUCCACGUUAAAGACGAAAUCGGAAAUCUUGCUUGAUCAGGAGGUUUGGCGAGGUCAACAACGUGGCCCUUCGCUCAGUGAUCCAGUUCAUACCAGAUCAAUGAGACCUCGAUGUGAUGUAAUCAAAAACGGUAUGUGAUUCCUAGGAUAAAUCCCUUCUUGCAGUGGGGAUCAAAAGCUGUUGCGAAUGAUUCCCUGGUCGCCCUCGCUGUCUAGUGCAAUUGCUUGAUUCUUUCUAGCAACUUGGCAUUUUUAUUUGAUCAACCAUUCAAACCUCUUUAAACAGUUAAUAAAAGUUUUUCCUAAAGAUAUAGAAUCAUGAUUUGUAUUGGUUCAGAGAGGCAACAUAGAAAGAGAAUUAUUUACUGUCACUUUUAAUGUUUACAGCCAGCAUUUGACAAAUCACUUCAGAAUGACUGACACUGUUUUUAGUUGGCGGCACACCUAGUGAACUAUCGGAAAAGAAUCGGGUACUCUUCUUAUGAAACUCCCGGCGCAUCCUACUCCGAGGAGAGGCUCAUGAUUUGACAAAUAACAGAUGCCGUACCUUCAUUGGGAAACCUAUAAAGCUCGAGCAUUACAGGCUCGCACAAUGAAGUCAUGCGAUCUCGACAGGAGAUCAACCACCAAGAAGUUUUCAUAUGUAGCCCACGCGAUAGCACAAAAGGAAAAUUGGACUAUGGAGUCGUCGAGGAAACAAAGGAUGGGUCGUUUGAGGUCUUCUCUCAAUCUACUCAGCUCCGGAUAUUCUUCAAAACAAAUCGAUGUAGGAAUUUAAGGGUGUACUCCGCGAGUUCACUUAGCUUGGUUUCGAUUCUUUCUGACUCCUUUUUUGAUAGACUUCGGGCUCCGGGGAAGCUCCAAGGAACUUUCUUGGUGGUGUUCUUUUGCAGGCGGCAAAACUAGCGAGCGCUAUGGAUUACUACACCGACAAAACACUCUUGCAGAAUCGCUUAGAUCUAAAACCUCCUCUACAUCCUCGGCGAACUCUCGACCAGUAUUACUACUGGGCUCUAAAGGAUGUCGAAACACAAGACAAAAGCCAAGUGGUUUACCGAGCCACGGCACCCAAAAGACACUUGACGGAUUAA